AUGGUUUCCAAGAUGAAAACUAUCCAGGGCGCCAGAUGUUCAGGUUCACUGAAGCAAAAGCAUCUGCAGGGACCCCCGCGGAGAGAACAGAGCCUGGAGGAAAAGGCAGACAUGCUGUUGCCAUGGAGAUACCAGGGCCCCGAGCACGUCGUAUGGGAUGUUUUCAAACUGUGGGCGUGGAUGGUGCUGUUCUCUGAUUUCCUUGCCCAGCACGGGGCCGAGGGCUGGACUUACCAUUAUUCUGAGAAGCCCAUGAACUGGGCCGAGGCCCGGAAGUUCUGCCAAAAGAACUACACGGAUCUGGUGGCUAUCCAGAACAAGGAGGAGAUUGAGUACCUGAACGAACACCUGCCCCGCCACAGAAACUACUACUGGAUCGGGAUCCGGAAGGUGGGGGAUGUCUGGAUGUGGGUGGGCACCAACAAGUCCCUCACGCCAGAAGCCGAGAACUGGGGCCAAGGGGAGCCCAACGGCAAGACGCUGAAUGAGGACUGUGUGGAGAUCUACAUCAAGAGGGAGAAAGACUCGGGCAAAUGGAAUGAUGACGGCUGUCACAAGAAGAAGGUGGCCCUCUGCUACACAGCGUCUUGCCAGGAGGGGUUAUGCAGCAGCCGUGGAGAAUGCGUGGAGGCCAUCAACAAUUACACGUGCCACUGUGACUCAGGGUACCACGGUCCCGAAUGUCAGUUUGUGGUUCAGUGCCAGGCCUUGGAGGCGCCGGAGAUGGGGACUAUGACCUGUGACCACCCCCUGGGCAACUUCUACUUCCGUUCACACUGCACCUUCAACUGCUCCGAGGGGACCGAAGUCCGGGGGGCCACGGCCACUACCUGCGGCCCCUGGGGACAGUGGUCAUCGCAGCCACCAACCUGUCGGGUGUCUUGUCAGCCGGGAUCAUGCAGCGGCCAUGGAACAUGUGUGGAAACCUUCAACAACAUCACGUGCCACUGUGAUCUGGGGUACCACGGUCCCCAAUGUCAGUUUGUCACUCAGUGUGAACCCCUACGGGCUCCGGAGCUGGGGACCAUGGACUGUAGCCACCCCCUGGCCACCUUCAGCCCCAAUUCUGCCUGCACCUUCACGUGCUCCGAAGGAAGUGAACUGAUCGGGGUGAACAGAACCGUCUGUGAAUCUUCUGGAAACUGGACAUACCCCAGUCCAAUAUGUCAAAAACUAGACAGAAGCUUCUCGCAGAUUAAGGAUGGAGACUACAAGCCCCUCUUCAUCCCGCUGGGCGUGCUGGUCACUGCGUUUGUGGGGCUGGUGUUUCUUCUCUGGUUGGCCAGGAGGCUCCGAAAAGGUCAAAAGUCUCGGCAAAACUUGAAUGUCCCCUACUAAGGCCUCGUCUGCGGGAGCAAGUUCCAGUCCAGCCCCACCAAGGAAGACGAAG